AUGUCAACACUAGUUCCUAUAAUUCUUCAUGGACCAACUAUGCUAUUAUUAAUGUUAUUAAGUAUCAUUUGUUCAUCCAUUAAUGAUUUGCGUCCCGUUCAAAUACAUCCACAUAUUAUUUCUCAAAAAUUCAGUGUUAUCCCUCUUUCUUUAACCAUUUUUAAGGAUAUGAUAGCUACUCGUGAAAAUAACUCUUAUACAAAUUUUGAAACAUCUUGGAAACCUUUAGAAAAUAUUACUUAUCGCUACAUUUUCAUCAUGGAAAAUUUUAAAUGUAUUCUUUUCUACUGUAUAUAUUUAUGGAUGUUAGGAACUGGCAUUUCCUUAAUAAACAGUUCUAUAAAUUUAUCACAAGUUCAUUCUUUUUAUGAUAUUUUGUCAGCUCUUUCAAGUCAUCUUAUCCGAACCGUAUUAAAAGCGACUAACAUUUUUCUUAAGCGCAUUGGACUUCUACUUAGAAAGCUUUCAGAUAUUUUAUUUCUUCUUAUUAUCCUUGAAAAUCCAUUUCUUUUUCAACGUAUUUAUAGAGAUGAAUCUAAUAAUAUUAUCAAACACACAUUUAGUUAUAUUAGUAGCCUAUCAAAUGAAAUUCAUCGCUAUAUUAUUAAUUGGCUUUAUAGCUAUGAUACAAAUAUUUUAUAUAAAAAGAUACAACUCUGUAAUAGCUUUAUUUUCAGAAGACUUUAUAAAUAUACGCAAAGGCUUUCUGCUAGAAUGAUAACUUUGCUGCUCACAUCUAAUAAUCAAAAAACUAGUUUUUUUCUUUCAGAAUUUUAUAAUACUAUGGUUGAUUAUAUUGAUUUAGUUGCAGAUUUUGAUACAUGGGAAUAA